GUCAUUAGUGAUCCCUCCUUGUGUAUAUAAGUCCUUGUCUUCCCCCAGUCUUAGCCCCAUCGUGAGUGUUGUUCGUUGUGUUAUUUUUGUUCAUGUACGUGUCGUGUUUCAUAGUGCUGCUGUCUGCACAGAGACGAUCAUCAUGAAGUUCUGUGCAACGCACACUUUUUUCUUUCUCACGUCUCUUUUGUUUCUCUGUGUUGCUGCAGACCUACAUGCACCUGAAGUCCACACAAAGCUUGGCAGCCUGAGGGGUGCAUAUGUGAGCGUAAAGGGGAAGGAGACGGGCGCCCAUGCCUACCUGGGUAUCCCAUUUGCCAAGCCACCCAUCGGCCCUGCUCUGAGACUGGCUGCACCUCAGCCAGUAGAGGGAUGGGAAGGAGUGAGGGAAGCCACCCGGCAGCCACCCUUGUGUGUUCAACAUAAACAGCUUGUUCAUGAUAUGCUCGAUAAACUUGGUGGCCUGGUGGCUGACAUCCCAGACAUUUCAGAAGACUGCCUUUAUCUCAACAUUUACACUCCUGCAAACAGAGCUCACAAUGCCAAGCUCCCAGUCAUGGUCUGGAUCCAUGGUGGAGGGUUGACAAUGGGGUCAGCAUCAACCUAUGAUGGCUCCGCCCUGGCUGCAUACCAGAAUGUGGUUGUUGUUCUGAUCCAGUACCGCUUGGGACUUCUGGGCUUUCUCAGCACUGGAGAUGAACACGUGUCAGGGAACUUUGGUCUGCUGGACCAGGUCCAAGCUUUGAGGUGGACUCAGGAGCACAUUCAUAACUUUGGAGGGGACCCUGAUUCAGUUACUAUAUUUGGGGAGUCUGCUGGUGGAGUGAGCGUAUCACUCCUGCUCCUCUCACCACUGUCUCAUGGCCUUUUCCACCGUGCCAUUGCUGAGAGUGGCACUUCUUCAAUAGAUUUUCUCAUUGCAAACGAUCCUCUACCAGUGACUCAGAUGGUAGCAGAUGGAUGUGGCUGUAGCCUCGAAAGCACAGAGAAGAUCGCUAAAUGCAUAAAAAACCUUGAUAUUAGUGCCAUUGUGACUAUUGGGCAGAAUGAAAGCUUGAGAUUUCCCGUAAAUGUUGAUGGAUACUUCCUGAGAAAACCUGUGGAUGAGCUGCUCCAUAAACAUGAACUUCUCACCGUGCCAUUCAUGACUGGUGUUAAUGAUCAUGAAGGGGGCUGGGUACUUGCUGGUUUAUUUGGUCCUCCAGACUGGUCAGAGGGAAUGGAUCGGGAGCAGGUUGCGAACAGCCUUUCCAUAUUUUACCCUGAUGCCAAAGAUGCAGUCUUAAGCAAUUUGGUAGUAGAUGAAUAUAUUGGAACCGGUGAAGAUCGUGUGAAAAACAGAGACGGGUUCACUGAGGUGAUUGGAGAUAUGAUGUUCACCAUUCCAGCCAUUAAAACUGCCAAUGCACACAGAGAUGCAGGCGCCUCCGUGUACCUGUAUGAGUACCGCCAUCCUCCCAAAUUCCUGCAGGCAAAAAGGCCAAGCUUUGUUAGGAGUGACCAUGGAGAUGAAAUCUUAACAGUAUUCGGAUUGUGCUUCACAACUACUCAUGUGAAAGUAGCUGCAGAUGCAUGCUCUGAAGAGGAGGAGCAGUUGAGCAAAACCAUGAUGAGCUAUUGGGGCAAUUUUGCUCGCACUGGGUCUCCUAAUGGGAAAGGUCUUGUCCAUUGGCCAAAGUACGGAGCAGGAGACUACUUGAAAAUUGAUGCAAAGGAGCAGGCAGCGAGUCAGCACUUGAAGAAGGACCGGUUCUUCUUCGUCACUCAGACCCUCCCGGAGAAGAUCCAACAAUAUUAUGAGAAGGAGCACAAGGGGGAAAGUUCACAGGAGGUGACAUCGUUUUUUGCUCUUUCCCAGCAGAGUGCUGCUGUCUGCACAGAGACGAUCAUCAUGAAGUUCUGUGCAACGCACACUUUUUUCUUUCUCACGUCUGUUUUGUUUCUCUGUGUUGCUGCAGACCUACAUGCACCUGAAGUCCACACAAAGCUCGGCAGCCUGAGGGGUGCAUAUGUGAGCGUAAAGGGGAAGGAGACUGGCGUCCAUGCCUACUUGGGUAUCCCAUUUGCCAAGCCACCCAUCGGCCCUGCUCUGAGACUGGCUGCACCUCAGCCAGUAGAGGGAUGGGAAGGAGUGAGGGACGCCACCCGGCAGCCACCCUUGUGUGUUCAGCAUAAACAGCUUGUUUAUGAUCUGCUUGAUAAACUCGGUGCCCUGGUGGCUGAAGUCCCAGACAUUUCAGAAGACUGCCUUUACCUCAACAUUUACACUCCUGCAAACAGAGCUCACAAUGCCAAGCUCCCAGUCAUGGUCUGGAUCCAUGGUGGAGGGUUUGCUAUGGGUUCAGCUUCAACAUAUGAUGGCUCCGCCCUGGCUGCAUAUCAGGAUGUGGUUGUUGUUCUGAUCCAGUACCGCUUGGGACUUCUGGGCUUUCUCAGCACUGGAGAUGAACACGUGUCAGGGAACUUUGGUCUGCUGGACCAGGUCCAAGCUUUGAGGUGGACCCAGGAGCACAUUCAUAACUUUGGAGGGGACCCUGAUUCAGUUACUAUAUUUGGGGAGUCUGCUGGUGGAGUGAGCGUAUCACUCCUGCUCCUCUCACCACUGUCUCAUGGCCUUUUCCACCGUGCCAUUGCUGAGAGUGGCACUGCUGCAAUGGAUUUACUUGUUGCAAACGAUCCUCUACCAGUGACUCAGAUGGUAGCAGAUGGAUCUGGCUGUAGCCUCGAAAGCACAGAGAAGAUUGCUGGAUGCAUAAAAAACCUUGAUAUUAGUGCCAUUGUGACUAUUGGGCAGAAUCAAAGCUUUAGAUUUCCCAUAAAUGUUGAUGGACACUUCCUGAGAAAACCUGUGGAUGAGCUGCUCCAUAAACGUGAACUUCUCACUGUGCCAUUCAUGACUGGUGUUAAUGAUCAUGAAGGCGGCUGGUUACUUCCUGAUUUCUUUGGUCCUCCAAACUGGACAGAGGGAAUGGAUCGGGAGCAGGUCGUGAACAUCCUUUCCAUAUUUUACCCUGAUCCCAAAGACGUAGUCUUAAGAGAUUUGGUAGUAGAUGAAUAUAUUGGAACCGGUGAAGAUCGUGUGAAAAACAGAGACGGGUUCACUGAGGUGAUUGGAGAUAUGAUGUUCACCAUUCCAGCCAUUAAGACUGCCAAUGCACACAGAGAUGCAGGUGCCUCCGUGUACCUGUAUGAGUACCGCCAUCCUCCCAAAUUCCUGCAGGCAAAAAGGCCAAGCUUUGUUAGGAGUGACCAUGGAGAUGAAAUCUUUACAGUAUUAGGAUUUUGCUUCACAACUACUCAUGUGAAAUUAGCCGCAGAUGCAUGCUCUGAAGAGGAGGAGCAGUUGAGCAAAACCAUGAUGAGCUACUGGGGCAACUUUGCUCGCACAGGGUCUCCUAAUGGGAAAGGUCUUGUCCAUUGGCCAAAGUACGGAGCAGAAGGAGACUACUUGAAAAUUGAUGCAAAGGAGCAGGCAGCGAGUCAGCACUUGAAGAAGGACCGGUUUGUCUUCAUCACUCAGACCCUCCCGGAGAAGAUCCAACAAUAUUAUGAGAAGGAGCACAGUGAGCUGUAGAACAGUCACCUCCACUUUCUCCAUUCCAUCGAGUUUUUUUUUUUUGAUUCCACCUUAAACAAACCAUUUGAAACUACAUCACACACUGUGAAACCACUGUUAAAACUAAUAUGAUUUUAAUAAUAAAGUAAGUUGUGUGUUGGGACAGCAGGGGAUUUUGAAACUUUUUCAUAAUCAUUUUGAUUUCAUGGCAUAUCGCUUCAAAUCUAAAUGCCCAACAGGAAAUAUGUGGUUGAAAGACACUUCCAUCAUGAGAUACCACUACUGCGUUAGCCUAAUAUCUCUUUUUAAUGAUGUUGUUUGAAGAACCAAUAAA